GGCCUUUUGUCCUCGAGCGGCCGCCGUGGCCGCCUCCCCCGAGCGCGAGGCCCCGCCCGCCAUCUUGUUCCCCGCGGCUUACGGAGCCGCCGCCGCCGCCGCCGCCUGACGCCGAGCUCUGCCUGCCGGAGAUGGUGCUUAGAACCAAAAGAAUAAUUUGAGGAGAGACACCGACGUUCUUUGACUGUCGGUGGUUAUGGCAGGGGGAAGAAGGGGACCUAACCGGACGUCCUACUGCCGCAAUCCUCUCUGCGAGACUGGAGCCACAGGGGGAACCGGCCAUUCCACCAGUUCUUCAGUCACCAGCGUGCGUUCACGAACCAGGAGUGGUUCAGGGACAGGUCUUUCCAGCCCUCCUCUGGCGACUCAGACAGUGGUUCCCCUUCAGCACUGCAAGAUCCCAGAGCUGCCCAUCGAGAGGAGCAUCUUGUUUGAACUCCAGCUCUUCUUCUGCCACCUUAUUGCUCUCUUUGUCCACUAUAUCAACAUCUACAAAACGGUGUGGUGGUACCCACCGUCUCAUCCUCCCUCCCAUACCUCAUUGAAUUUUCAUCUCAUUGACUUCAAUGUCCUGGCAGUGACGACCAUUGUGCUGGCAAGGAGGUUGAUUGGUGCGAUCGUGAAGGAGGUGAAGGAGGCUUCUCAUACUGGCAAAGUCUCCCUGCCGCGGUCCAUUUUCCUGGUGGUCACUCGCUUUGCCGUCCUUACUGGGGCAGCUUGGAGCUUGUGCCGAUCCAUAAUUCACCUCUUCAGGACGUAUUCACUCCUCAACCUCUUGUUCUUAUGUUAUCCGUUCGGCAUGUACGUCCCCUUCCUGCAGCUGAACUGUGACGUCCGCAAGACUGGCCUCUUCCCCCAAGUGGCCAACAUCGGCCCUCGUGACACUGCCGACGUCGGCUCAAGAGGUAAGGACUAUCUGUCGGUUCUCAAGGAGACCUGGAAGCAGCACACCCGGCAGCUGUACGGCAUGGAGGCCAUGCCCACCCACGCCUGCUGCCUCUCCCCGGAUCUGAUCCGCAAUGAGGUGGCGUAUCUGAAGAUGGACUUCAACUGGCGCAUGAAGGAGGUGCUGGUGAGCUCCAUGCUCAGCGCCUACUACGUGGCGUUUGUGCCCGUCUGGUUUGUGAAGAAUACUCAGUAUUAUGACAAGCGGUGGUCCUGUGAGCUGUUUCUCUUGGUCUCCAUCAGCACCUCCGUCAUCCUCAUGCAGCACCUGCUUCCCGCCCGCUACUGCGACCUCCUCCACAAAGCUGCAGCACAUCUGGGCUGCUGGCAGAAGGUCGACCCAGCACUGUGCUCCAACGUGCUGCAGCAUCAGUGGACUGAGGAGUGCAUGUGGCCACAGGGGGUGCUGGUGAAGCACAGCAAAAAUGUGUACAAAGCCGUGGGCCACUACAACGUGGCUGUGCCUUCUGACUCCUCCCACUUCCGGUUUCAUUUCUUUUUCAGCAAACCCCUGCGGAUCUUGAACAUCCUGAUUCUCCUUGAAGGGGCUGUCAUCUUCUACCAGCUGUACUCCCUGAUUGUGUCUGAGAAGUGGCACCAGACCAUCUCCCUGGCCCUGAUCCUCUUCAGCAACUACUACGCCUUCUUCAAGCUCCUGCGGGACCGGUUGGUGUUGGGGAAAGCUUACUCGUAUUCCACUACCAGAGAGACGGAUCAGAAGCUAAACUGAAGGAGCUGCACUUACGACACACACAGGGAAAGCAAGCCAACCAUCUCAAAGCAUUGCGGGGGCUGCUGGAGACAUUUCUGACACCCCAGGCGCCCGCCCUGUGCUGCCUGAGUAGUGUUCCCAGGAGGCCUUGCGGUGUCCCGGAGGAUGCUGGGGCAGAGCGCGUGAGGAGCGGGGCAGCCAGGCCGGCCCUGAGCUUUGGAUAUCUUUUUUUACCACUGCUUUUGUUCUUGUUCUGUUUGUUUUUCUUUGAUAAUUGCUAUGAUAAGGAAAAUAUCUUAUUUUUGUACUCCCA